AUGGACCAGUCCAUCAUCCGCAUCUCCAAGGAGCUAAGUGAUAUCCAGAGAGGUUCCGAUCUUUCUAUCGCUGUGGCUUGUCGCGAUGUCGACGUUCGCAAUGUGAAGGCGCUAAUCAUUGGGCCUCACGAGACCCCCUACGAGUUUGGUUUCUUCGAAUUCGCCAUACGUUUUAGCAGAGAAUACCCUUCCAAGUCACCUAGUGUUCAUUGCAUCACUACAAAUGGAGGUCGGUGUCGAUUUAGUCCCAAUAUCUAUGCCAGUGGCAAAGUCUGUCUGUCAAUACUGGGAACGUGGCGCGGGGAACGUGGAGAAGAAUGGUCUUCAGCUCAGGGAUUGGAGUCGAUACUCUUGUCCAUCCAGAGCCUGAUGUCGGCUAACCCCUACGAGAACGAGCCGGGCUUCGAGGAUGCGACAGACGACACUGACAUUGUCGCGCAAAAGGAUUACGUACAGAAAAUACGCCAUGAGACCUUGCGAGUGUCCGUUAUUCAACGGUUGGAGGGUUACCUCGGACUGAACUACAACAAGGGCCCAGCGCUAGCGAUCGAGAAAAUCAACGGCGACGACGAAGACGAGGCUCAUUUUGAACCGUUCAAAGAUCUGUGCAAGCGCCGAUUCCUUUGGUAUUAUCAAUCUUAUCUGGAUGCAAUCGAGGCUGGCAAAUCCGAGGUGAAGGAACUGCAAGCCUUUGUUCGAAUGCCAUUCGAAUCACCAGGUGACAAUAUAAUGGACGGAAAAUUUAAUUACCCAGAGCUGGAACGUAGAAUUCGCCGCAUAAAAGCCGCGCUUGAUGCCGAGCCGCUUACUUGGGCCAAGCACGGCCUCGCAGCUGCUGCCAAGGAGACUACCGUGUCUGUGAACUUGCAGCACCAGUACGAACAGGUCACCGCCCACUUCAAGAAGAGCGAUAUGCCUCAUGAUGUUAAACUGGAGGAUGGCAAUCCUUUUGUAUGGGUAAUCACCUACUUUGGACGUCCCAUGACCAAUCUAGAUGGCGGCUUGUUCCGCAUCAAGAUGAACUUUAGCACACGGUUUCCGGACGAACAACCUCGUGUCAAAGUUGAGAACAAAAUCUUUCAUCAUCAUGUGGCUGCAGAUGGGACAGCCUGCUACCACCCCAACCCUCUCAGACGCGAGGAUGUAAAGUCCCACAUAGAAGCGAUAAUUUCAAUGCUAGAAGAAGAUGAGCCAGCAUACGAUCCCAGGAUGAUUGUCAACCCCGAGGCAACCAAGCUACUCUGGGGCAGCAAAAAAGACGACAAGAAACAGUACAACCGCCGACUUCGACGAUCUGUACAGCAAAGCAUGGAGGAUUUUCCUGAAUAA